AUGAAGUUUCUCACCAUCCUCGCCCUCCUAGCCCCAGCCCUGGCUCAAAUCACCUGCGAGACCAGCAACGCGAGCCCCAAGACCGAAGACGUGACAGGCGUCAUCAACCAACUCAACGGCAAGAAAUCCAAAACAUGCGCCCAAAACAACAACCACGGCAGCAAAUGUACGACCCACGCUACGGAUGGCUCUGCUAAGAUUGCUAUCUGCGGUACCUUCGACUCUACGGCCCGUGGGUAUAACUGUGGCGCUGUCGCUGGCUGGGCGAAUGCGGUGCAACAGACGUGUCUGAGCAAUGGAAAAGUUGGGGGUUAUUAUGUGCCUGCUAAUAACCCCGGCACUAGGAUUGAGAUUAGCCAUACUUGA